CGGUGACUCGUGGUCCGAUCGGUGCGUUUUAUGGUCGUGUACAAGGUCGUGUAUUGUUUAAAUUUUAUUUUCUGGUUAGAAUAAAAUCACUGGUUCAGAAAUUAAAUUUUUGAUAUGUAUUAAUUGUAGCCAUAGUUCUUACAUAAUACAAUUCUAAUUUCUGUAAACCCGCAGUGUUGUGCUUAAACUUUAAAGUCGGCAAGUUCGAUACGGUCAAGUGGAGGUGCUGUUAAAAUCUUUGAACAUUUCUUUGGGGUGGGCAUAAUGGACCAGAGUAGUAUUACUCCAAACACAUCAAACCAGCAAUUGGUGAUAAAUGGGGACAAUGAAUCGGCAACGGCGCUGCUGCACGAGAAGCAGUCUCGAAGACGAGAUACUCUGAGCGAUGUCACCUUCAAAGAAUACAUGACUGUUGGCAUACUGUGUUUCGUUAACCUCAUCAACUAUAUGGACAGGUUUACCCUGGCGGGCGUACUGGAUGACGUAAAAACGGAGUUCGGUAUCGGUGAUGACAAAGCCGGCCUUCUGCAGACGGUGUUCGUCAUCGCGUACAUGGUGUUUGCGCCGAUCUUCGGUUACCUGGGGGACAGGUAUUCGAGGAGACUUAUAAUGGCCUUUGGGGUGGCCUUGUGGUGUCUAACCACCUUCGCUGGUUCGUACAUUCAAUCGUUUGUCCCGUUCACGAUUUUCCGCGGCCUCGUGGGCGUCGGCGAAGCGUCGUACUCCACGAUAGCACCUACAAUCAUUAGCGAUCUCUUCGUCGGGAAUGUCCGCUCGAAAAUGCUCGCAUUCUUCUACUUCGCCAUACCCGUCGGAAGUGGUUUUGGCUAUAUCGUCGGGUCGGUGGUGGGCGCGGCAGCAGACAACUGGCGUUGGGGACUGCGAGUCACUCCGUUCUUGGGGCUCAUUGCUGUGGCGCUCAUACUGUGGCUCAUGGAGAACCCAGAGAGGGGUCAGGCAGAGGAGAGUCGAAUGAGACCCACGUCGUAUCAGGAAGAUUUGCGAUCACUCGUCAGAAAUCCAUCGUUCAUGCUGUCGACGUUGGCGUUCACGUGCGUGGCGUUCGUGACAGGCGCGCUGGCGUGGUGGGGCCCGCAGUUCAUCUUCCUCGGCCUCACGUUGCAGCCCGGCGUCGAAAUAACGCAGGAGAGGGUGUCGUUCAUCUUCGGCGCGCUGACGAUGGCGUCGGGCGUGGUGGGCGUGCCGCUGGGCGCGUGGCUGGGCGCGGCGCUGGUGAAGCGCUGGGGCCGCGCGCACGCCGUCAUCUGCGGCGUGGGCCUGCUGGUGUCCACGCCCGCCAUGGCGCUCGCGAUGCUGCUCACCGAUGUGUACUUCUAUGCGCCGUUCGCUCUCAUGUUCUUUGGCGAGGUCGCGCUCAAUCUCAACUGGGCUAUAGUUGCCGAUAUGUCGCUGUAUGUGGUCAUACCACCUAGAAGAUCGACGGCCGAAGCUUUCCAGAUCUUGAUUUCUCACAUGUUUGGCGAUGCUGGAAGUCCUUACUUAGUAGGAGUGAUAUCCGAGAGUCUAAAGAGGUCAUUAUCAUCGUCGGAGCCGCCGAGUCUCAGCGUACAGUUCAGGUCGCUGCAGCGCGCGCUCUUCGUCACAUGUUUCGUCGAAGUGCUCGGCGGCAUAUUCUUCCUGUUAACGGCUAUUUACAUCGUCAGAGAUAAACAGAAAGUCGAUAGAGCCAUUGCAGCUUAUGGUAUUUUUGAAUUGCUAUAGCCUUGCUUCAAAAAUAGUUUAGGCCAUUAGAAGCAGAAGCGCAAAGUGCAGAGCCGUCACACAGUAAUGCCCAAGAAGAGCACCAAGAAGGUGGUGAAUAAUAACAUGCCACCUCUAUUACUUGUCAGUCGAUAACAUUUAGCAUUCGAGUCGAUGUCAGAGCUGUAAAUUUUCAUUAGCGAUCGAUGGCCCUAACACGGAAUUACAGCUGAGUACAAGAAGAUUAUCGCAAUCACCAUUUUACCACCGAACCGCAAGACGUCGGGCGAGUUUCCAUCCUUAGCUCCGGGCACGAAACGUUUUGCGUCUUCAUUCCUCAUUCGCAUGGCUAAGGUUUAGAAUACUCUUCCGCGAUGUUUUCUACCAAUUACAAUCCUGGUAUCUUUAAAACAAGAGUGAAUAGUCAUCUUCUAGGUAAACUCGUCCCAUCUAUCAUCACUCUCCAUCAGGUGUGAUUGUGGUCAGCGCUUGCCUGUAAUAAAUAAAUAAAAACCUCUGAUUGGCUAAUACCACUCUAAUGGCCAUAUACAAGUACGCUGGAAGUCAUACAAAAUGACAGUUAUUUCUUGUGCCAAUUCCAAGAGCUCUACCAAGUGUACCGGAAAUUAAAAUUGACACUUGUAGGUAUGAAAUGGACUUCGUGUUGACUCUGUUGACAGAUUUCUCAUCACUAACAUUUAGUACCGAGUACGUACACUGCUGCUAUCAGCGCCGAAAUGGCGAAAAUAGAGUUCUUCAAAAACAGGUCGGCAGUCCAGCGUACAUGUAGAGAUCAUUGGUUUACGCUCUUCUACUAUUGACCUACACACUGUUGUAGUACAAGAGUAGGUACAGUAGAGACUAUUAUCCGGACCUCAGUCAUAUGGAUUCGCGAUUAUCUGGACACCGGACCAUCUCAUGUGGAAGCUUUCAGGCCCUGAAAAUAGCUCUCAAAUGGUUCGAAAAACAAAAAGAGUGUGAUACUGUGCGUUUACUUGUUGAGAUAUUUGUAUUUGUUAUUUUGAAUAAAGACCUAACAUUAUGUGUUAACAAUAUGUAUAGGUACACAAAAAUCGCUUCGGAUUUUCGAUUAUCCGAAUGCCUUACAACAAUUAGUCCGGAUAAUCGAGUCUCUACUGUAUUCUAAAUUAAGCCACGAGUGAUUGCUAUGAUCGCAAUGUCGUAAUGACAAGUUCGGUGCAACGGGGACGGGAGUCUGACGGAGUCGAAUAAAUGUACGUGUAAGAUAUUUGUAUGCCGUAAAUUAACUAUUUGUUUCGCUUGUGAUGUAGUGUCAGAGCCGGAAUGUUAUGAUUGAUCUAAAAUCGACCAUAGAAUCGCUUUACCACCCU